UGCUGCGGGUUGCGUGCGUUUGAUGUGAGUUAUCACUGGUUGCGGUUAUCACCCGCCCAUUUCACACCGUUUCUUUAUUGCAUUGGUUUUACCACGGAGCCAAUAUUCUGAAUCUUUUCGAGAUCUUCACUUCUUACACUUCUUUGCUGGCUGAGGAUGGGCUUCAGCUCGGCUCUGCAGGGCCGCGCCAGCCACGAGGCGCUGCUGUCGCGCCAGGACUGCGAGCUCCGCCUCAUGGACACCAUCCGACGCUGCCUCCAGCUGCGUGUCAAGUGCGACCGCGAGUACGCCGCCGGCCUCACGCAGGUCGUGGCGCAGGCGCAGAAGUGGGAGCGCGCCGAGGACAUGGCGGGCAGCCUCAUCGCUCAGGCCUGGUCGACGAUGAUGGACGAGACCGAGUCGCUGAGCCGGCUGAUCCGCGCCAACGCCGAGACGCUGGCCACGGGGGUCAUCGACAAACUCAACGUGCUGACGACUGAGAAGCGGGCCUCGCGCAAGAUCUACCAGGACGAACAGAGCCGCAUGGCGUUCGAGAUUAGUCGGUACCAGGAGAACGUCUCCAAACUGAAAGCUGAGUAUGAGAAGAAUCUCGAGAUCUACAAGAUCGCCAAAGCACGUUACGAAGAUCAGUUUGUCAAAGGCAAGGCGGGCCGGAAGCUGGACGAGGUGAAGGACCGGUACGUGAAAGCUUGCCGCCGCCUGCACAACGCGCACAACGAGUACGUGCUGCUGCUGCUGGAGGCGAGCCAGUACGAGCGCGACUUCCGCACCGUGCUGCUGCCGGCGCUGCUGGAGUACCAGCAGCUGGUGCAGGAGGACAUGGUGGAACGCUGGUGCGCCAUCAUGCGGUCGGCGGCCGAACUGACCAGCUUCAGCACGGACAAGCACCUGGAGAUUCAGAAGCGCGUCAAUGGCAGCAUCUCGGCCAUCACCACGGACGGCGAGUACCGCGAGUUCACCGACCGCCACAAAUCUCAGCCGCCGCCGCCCGUCAGCUUCCUCUUCGACUACCAGAUGAUGGAGGAGUACUCGGGCCGCCUGAAGCCCGAGGCGCUGGCCGUCGACGAUCUGACGAUCGGAAACCUGAGGAUGCGACUGGCCGAUCUGGAGAGCCGACUGGCGGACGUGCGGAACGUGCUGGCCGAGAAGAGGAAGCAGCUGAGUCAGCACGACGCGGAGGUCGAGAGUCUGAAGAAACAGCAGGACAGCGUCAACCGGCUGUUUGUCAUUCGCCGAGCCAGCGAGAUCCUGCGAAAGGACAUCCGCGAGACCCAGUGCACAGAGCAGAAGCUGCAGAAGCUCAUCAAGCUGAUCAAGACGCCGCUGGACGAGCUCGGUGGCGGCGAGGCGCCCAAGGCGGUGGAGGAGCUCGGCGAGGGCGCCUGCUCGUCGCUAACCCUGUCCAAGUCGCACCGGAUCGUCAACAUCAUCCGCAAGCCGUUCCACAAGCGGCCGUCGCCGACGCCGAGCCCGACCGGGGCGGGGCCGCCGGGCGCGGCGCCCGCCGGCGACCCGCUGAACGACAGCCUGACCAGCCUGGAGGCGGAGGAGGCGGAGUCGAGCCGGGCGCCGGCGCCGGCCUCCUCGGAGGUCAGCGUGGCCGUUAGUCAGGCCAGCGAGGGCUACCAGACGAUGUCGCCGCAGCCGGACCGCCCGCUGGUGGACGAGGACUGGUUCCACGGCGUGCUGCCCCGCGAGGAGGUGGUCCGCCUGCUGGUCAACGACGGCGACUACCUGGUGCGCCAGACCACGCGCAACGAGGAGACCCAGGUGGUGCUCUCGGUGGCCUGGGGCGGCCACAAACACUUCAUCGUGCAGACCACCUCGGACGGCCAGUUCCGGUUCGAGGGGCCGUCGUUCCCCAGCAUCCAGGAGCUGAUCGCGUACCAGCACGAGUGCGGCCUGGCCGUGACCAACAAGUCGGGCGCCGUGCUGCGGCAGGCCAUACUGCGCGAGCGCUGGGAGCUCAACAACGACGACGUCGAGCUCAUCGACAAGAUCGGACGGGGCAACUUCGGCGACGUGUACAAGGCCCGACUGCACCUGACCAGCGAGCUGGUGGCCGUCAAGACGUGCAAGGUGACGCUGCCCGACGAGCAGAAGCGCAAGUUCCUGCAGGAGGGCCGCAUCCUCAAGCAGUACGACCACCCCAACAUCGUGCGCUUCAUCGGCAUCGCAGUGCAGAAGCAGCCCAUCAUGAUCGUCAUGGAGCUGGUGCCGGGCGGCUCGCUGCUCAGCUACCUGCGGAGUAAGCAGCUGGGGAGCGCGCUGGACGUGGGCGCGCAGUUGGCCAUGUGUAGGGACACGGCAGCCGGCAUGGCUUACCUCGAGGGAAAGAACUGCAUCCACCGCGACCUGGCCGCCAGGAACUGCCUCGUCGGCAUGCACAACAUGGUGAAGAUAUCCGACUUCGGCAUGUCGCGUGAGGAGGAGGAGUACAUCGUCUCGGACGGCAUGAAGCAGAUCCCCAUCAAGUGGACCGCCCCGGAGGCCCUCAACUACGGCAAGUACACCUCGCUCUGCGACGUGUGGAGCUACGGCAUACUCAGCUGGGAGAUCUUCAGUCGCGGCCAGUCGCCCUACAGCGGGCUCUCCAACACCAAGGCGCGCGAGAUGAUCGACUCAGGGUACCGGAUGCCGGCGCCAGAUGGCACUCCGGACGCCAUGUACAAGCUGAUGCUGCGCUGCUGGGAGUACCAGCCGGAGAACCGGCCGCACUUCGCCGAGAUCUUCACGCAGGUCAACGGCCUGUUCAUGGGCGUGGCCGGGCCGGACGUGCUGCACAACUGACCGUGCCUGGCCUGACCUGACCUGACCUGGAUCGGACGGACCUGAUCUGGUCUUCUCACCGAAGGAGGCCCGGCCCGCGCACAGCAGACAGGAAGACCAGGGCGGAGCCCACUGUGUCGGCGUCAGUAACGGCCGGAGCUGCCAGCGGUCAUCAGUGGCGGCGCUGCGGUGCCUUCACGCUCCCGCGGUCGGGGACGUGGUGCCGGCAGGUCCCGGUGACCAAACGCAGUGCCUCUGUGCUGUGACGCUCCUGAGACCGGCGGCAGACUCACGGCGCCGGGCCUCCGUGGGUGCGGCUAUGGGGCGCUCGCACUGUCCUGCCCGGCGGACGGUCCCGGGCCGUCGCAGAGACAGCCCAGUGCGCUGACUAGACUGCCAGUGCGGAGUUGGGCUGAGGUGUGCAGUUCGCUCGUUUUAUUUACCUUGGCGCUCGGAGGCGAUGCCUAGUCGACCGUUGGUAGCAUUUGCGGUGUGGCUGUUUGUUCUGAGUGGCGCGUUUUGUUUACGUUUUGAUAUGUUUACGCUGCUUUUAUUUGUUCAGUGCGACAGUUGUGUGGUGCGCUUACGGGCGGCAUGUGCGCAUAGUUUAUCGAGGCAUGUUGUGCCAUAGGAUCAGCUGAGCGUCGGUGGAGUGGCAAUCUGUGAGAAUUCUACAUCGAAUUAUAUCUACCUAACUGUGCAUAAUGUAAGGCUUUAACGGCUCCAUAUCUAGUGGACGCUACCCACUGCGCAAUAUAGCUGCCUUAACGAACGCGUUACGGUCCGUUCACCCGUUUUCAUGAGCUGUUUUUGACGAGUGUUAAAACCGGUGACGUCAUAAGAGGGAGGAAACAACAUGGCGUGUGUGGAGCGGCGAUAGCUGUUGAAAACUAUGCCACAUUCGCAUUCGGCAAGAAACAUGCGUUGGCAGAUGUGCACCCGACCUCCGUGAAACAACGUCCAUGUGGACAAACAGGUGGACACGCGUUUAUGGAGUGGGGAUCACCCGCCGUAUCACGUAUGGCCUGUGAUGUGAGGUGAACUCUGACCAGUGAACCUCCUUAGGCCCGCCUCCGCUGAACAGUUCGCGUUAUGAGGCCCGAAUGUCCCGAGCGCUGGCUGCAGUCUCGUUAGGCCCAUCGUUAGGCCUGCCUCCGCAGGACAGAUCAUGUCGUGAGGCCCGAAUCUCCCGAACGUUGGCUGCAGUCUCGUUAGGCCCACCUCUGCAGGACAGAUCAUGUCGUGAGGCCCGAAUCUCCCGAACGUUGGCUGCAGUCUCGUCAGCCCCGCAAUCUCCGCAUAAACAUCACGUGUUUUGGGUGUUACAGGGUGUAUAUGUGUCUGUGCAGCUUUUGAAUAUAUUUUUGA